AUGAGCAAAACUAAAGUUCUUCUGGUUGGUAGCGGUGCCCUUGGAAUUGUGGCUGCUUAUACACUGGAAUAUAACGGAUUUGCAGAGGUUACCGUGGUGGUGAGGUCAGGCUACAGAAAAGCCUCAACGGAGGGAUACAAAAUAGACUCGGUGCAAUUUGGCAGCAUUGACCAUUGGAAGCCGAUGAAGAUGGUUAGUUCCGUUCACGAAGCUGUUGCGAAUGGCGAAGUAUACGACUACAUAUUUGUGUCCGUCAAGAACUUGCCAGACUCGCCAACGCCCUGCGAAAUGAUCAUCGAGUCUGCGAUGAAGACCAAUCCAAAUACGGCCGUUAUACUGUGCCAGAACGGUAUUGAUAUUGAAAAGCCAUUAAUAGAAAAAUACCCGGGUCAUGUGAUUUUGAGCUGUGUCUCGCUCAUAGGAUGUACAAAUAUCGACUGUGUGGUGACCCAGAUGACGCCAGAUAACGUUCAACUAGGAGUUUUUGAAAACCCGACCUUGAAAGACCGCGCCAGAGCUGAGCAGAUCUUGGACAAGUUCAUUUCUAUCUACCGUAUGAAGGAGGGCAAGAACGUGGUCAACAAAGACACUAAUGUUAGACAGACCAGAUGGCAGAAGCUGUUGUAUAAUGCUGCGGUUAAUACGUCGACUGCCCUGACCGAUCUAGAUUGUAGCAGGGCAGCAAUGGCAGGUUGCAAAGAAGCUAUAUGGAGACCGGUCAUGAGAGAAAUAUAUGCAAUCGCCAAGUCAGACGGAUAUACGCUUCCUCCAGAACUUGAGGACAUCAUGCUGAACAUAUCCGAUGGCUUGUUCUACACCCCGUCGAUGCUGGUCGACGUUAGAAUGAACAGAAUGAUAGAGGUGGAAACUAUUGUUGGAAAUCCCCUCAGGAUUGCUGAGAAACACGGCAAUGUCGCGCCCCACCUUUCUAUGAUUUACCAUCUGCUCAAGAUGGUCCAGUUCCGCAUCAAGGAAAAACAGGGUCUUAUCUGUGUCGACGACUCUGUCAAGGAGUACAAGACAACUGAUGAGUACGCCAAAGGCUUCUAA